AGAUAUCCCCAUGUCCUGACAAUCCAUGGAGAGAAUAUUGAUAUAUCCAGUCCUUCAGUGGAUACACUACAGGAUGUGAACGAGGAGAAAAAUAUUUUUGAAUUGAUGAGCAGAAAUCUGGAUGGAAACUUAUGUAGAUUUAAUCCUGAUCUGACGCUGAACGCACAAAUCCAAGUUUUGGAGUACAAAAGAAAUAUUUUUGAGAUUUCAAGAGAAAGAUUUGAUCCUGGCAUGAUUAUAGGGCAGGGACAGUUUGGAACAGUUGGGUUGGGAACUUUAAUUACAGAUUCAGGGAGAAGAGAAAAGGUUGCUGUGAAGCAAGCUAAAAACCACGGGGAUAGAUCUCAGUGGCUAUCAAUAAUAGACGAGCUGAAGAUAUUAUCUCAAUUGGAACGAAAUUAUUCUUUGGUUAAUCUAGUGGGAGCUAACACUCUAGAUUUUCAAAGCAUGGGUAAACUGUACCUACUCCUGGAGUACUGCCCACAUGGAGAUAUGAAAACAUUCCUAGGAAAGAACAGGCGCAACUUCUCGCCUUCUCCAAUUUCGACCCCAGGGCGGGUUGAGAAUGAGUUUAACAUGAGCCUCCUGUUUACCUGGUCCUACUCUAUUGCACACGGGAUGAACUAUCUGGCAUCAAAAAAAAUAAUGCACGGUGAUCUAGCGGCUAGAAAUAUUCUUAUUGGAGCAGGAUACGAGGCAAAAAUUAGUGAUUUUGGUUUGUCUAAAAUGAUGUACUACAAUGAAGAUUACAAGAAGACCGAGAGGAAAAUGAUUCCUUGGGCCUAA